CGGCCGCACACGGCUCUACGAGGCGGGGAAGAGCGGCUCUUCCUCUCGCCCGCCGUCCCAAAGGGUCGCGCCCGAAACGGACUGGAUAACCAUAGAGCCGGCCUUUCCUCCCUCCUUUUUACCGACCACAGAGACGAAAAAAGGUCUUCUCUGUGUCGGACUCCGCUUCUCAACCACAGAGUCGGGAAGAGGACCAGAAAAUUGCCGCGCCUAGAAGAACCGGCGUGUCUGACGGGAGGAGGACCCCGGGAGGCGGCGGGCGGGCUUCAGUCGCCGAGGCUCGAUUAGCCGCGCUAGCCGUCUAACUCCAUGAUGCCGAGGCCUUAGAAACGUCUCCGCCGCGCAGGAGGUGGUGCGCAUGCGCCAGGGGCAGAAGGUGCACUGUGAACGUCGCAUUACUGGCAGUUUCUCUUCCAAGUAGACAGUGUCCCUAAGCAUACUAUGAUGUUGGCUGUUGUGGUUCCCUUCUGACAGGAGCUGUGGAGAUGGAGCCUCCCCCGGCUGAGACCACCUCUGGAGGGAGGAAGAGGUUCACUGUGAGGACAGAGGAUGAGGACGACAACGUGACACCGGCCCAGCUGCUCUUCAAGCCUUCCAGCACUUCAAGCCCCUCCCCAGCCCCCCAGGCUCCGGUCAGGUCAGACGGGGCCACCUAUGCAGACUACGUGGUGGAGAAAGCGGCCUCCGCCUCCUCCUCGGUCCCCCAGGCCAAGCCGCCGCCGGCCCUGACUGCGUCGGCCACCAGACCCCACAGCUCCCUGGCCGUGCAGGGGAACCCGGAAGACAAAGAACCGCCCUCGAACCCUGCUCCGAAACCGGGGGCAAAGCACAACUCCAUCAUCGUCAGUCCUCGGCAGAGGGGGAACCCCAUCCUGAAGUUUAUCCGGAACGUGCCGUGGGAGUUCGGUGAGAUCGUCCCCGAUUAUGUCCUGGGCCAGAGCACCUGUGCCCUGUUCCUGAGCCUCCGCUACCACACCCUGAAGCCCAAUUACGUCCACGAACGCCUUCGGUGCCUGGGCAAGACCUACAUGCUGCAGGUGCUCCUGGUUCAGGUUGAUGUGAAAGACCCGCACCAGGCGCUGAAGGAGCUGGCAAAGAUCUGCAUCCUGGCCGACUGUACCCUGAUCCUAGCUUGGAGCCCGGAGGAAGCCGGCCGCUACCUCGAAACUUACAAGGCCUACGAGCAGAAGCCGGCGGACCUGCUGAAGGAGAAGGUGGACCAGAAUUACCUGUCUCGAGCGACCGACUGCCUGACUAGCGUGAAGUCAGUGAACAAGACGGACACACUGAGCCUCCUCUCCACUUUCGGAUCCCUGGCCAGCCUAGGGGAAGCGUCCAAGGAAGAGCUGUCCCUCUGUCCGGGGAUUGGGCCCCAGAAGGCCAAGAGGCUGUUCGAUGUCCUCCACGAGCCGUUUCUCAAAGGCCCCAAAUGAGCAGAGGGGCGCUCCCGGACCAGACAACUGGCAAACGGAAAGAUCGUGCACGGGGGGGGCGGCAGUGCGGGUUACCCCUCCCCACCCGCACAGCCCCCUCGCCAGCAGUGCCUUCUGGGAAAACCAACAGGCUCGGCUCAAGCCGGCCCCUGGAAGGGGGAGAGAAGCUGCUUUCUGCCGGGUGGCCGAGGUGAAAUUAACAUAUCACACCUUGCAAUAAAAGGAUUUUUGUUGUUCAGUCGCACAGUCGAGUCCGACUCUUCGCGACCCCAUGGACAAGAUCCCAC